GACACUUACACGCACAGGGCAGGCACACAGGCAUGCUAUAGAUACUACAAGUCAGACACAGGACUUAGCCAACAGAUCAUCUUGUCCCACAUCAAGGAAUAAAUCCCAAUUUCUUAUGAUAUACUACUAUCCAUUAAAAGGAUGGAAAGCCACAUGGAAUUUUCUGGCUUGCAAAUUUGACUAGAAGACUUUCAACAGAUUGAAAAGACGGUUUACAUAGCAACUUCCUUUUUUCUGAAAUUUCCUUCCAGUUUGCAAGAUCCUGCUUUCUUUCGACAUUUGCUUUAUGCCUGAUUCCCAUGCCGUCCGCCAUAAAUGCAGCGGUGGCUCAGCAAACGGCUGCUGGGUCACUUCCCAGCCCUACUAUUAGCACUACAACUGAAGGGGCAGGUGGGGGCACAGGGGGGAUUUAUUCUGCCAUUAUAAGUCGCAACCAGCCCAUUAUCAGCGUAAAGGAGAAGACCUAUGAAGAGCUUCACAAGAAGUGCCUGGAGAAGAACAUUCUCUAUGAAGAUCCUGAUUUCCCACCAAAUGAGUCCUCCCUCUUCUAUAGCCAGAAAAGCCCUGUCAAGUUCGAAUGGAAAAGACCACAUGAAAUCUGUGAGAAUCCACGGUUUAUUAUUGGUGGAGCCAACAGAACAGAUAUCUGCCAAGGAGAAUUAGGUAACUGCUGGUUUCUGGCUGCCAUUGCUUGCCUGACACUUAUACAAAACUAUGCUGGCAUCUUUCACUUCCAGUUCUGGCGCUAUGGAGACUGGGUGGACGUUGUCAUUGAUGACUGCUUACCCACGUACAACAACCAGCUGGUCUUUACCAAAUCCUCCCAGCGCAACGAAUUCUGGAGUGCCCUCCUGGAAAAGGCCUAUGCAAAACUCCACGGGUCAUAUGAAGCUUUGAAGGGAGGCAACACCACUGAAGCCAUGGAGGACUUCACUGGAGGAGUCACUGAGUUCUACGAGAUAAAGGAUGCCCCUAAAGAUAUCUAUAAAAUCAUGAAACAUGCCAUUGACAGAGGAUCCCUCAUGGCCAGCUCCAUUGAUGAUAACCUGGGCUUUUCCUAUGGAUCAGCUCCUAGGAGCGACAUUGGGGAACUCAUUGCUCGCAUGGUGAAGAAUCUAGAAAAUGCACAGAUGACUCAUUCUACUGCAAACUACCAGGGGACGGAUGAGAGGCCAGCCUGGACCAUAGUGCCAAUGCAGUAUGAAACCCGGAUGUCUUGCGGGCUCGUCAAAGGUCAUGCCUACUCUGUGACAGCUGUGGAAGAGACAGUAUUUAAAGGGGAAAAAUUACGUCUGGUACGGCUGAGAAACCCCUGGGGACAGGUGGAAUGGAACGGACCUUGGAGUGACAAGUCAGAGGAGUGGAACUCCGUUAACGAAGCAGAGAAGAUCCGCUUGCAGCACAAGGUCAUGGAGGAUGGGGAGUUCUGGAUGCCAUUUCAAGAUUUCAUGAGGCACUUCACAAAGCUUGAGAUCUGUAACCUCACACCAGACACCCUGGAAGUGGAUAAAUUCCAAACCUGGACUGUAUCCGUCAAUGAAGGGCGCUGGGUGAGAGGCUGCUCAGCUGGAGGUUGCCGCAAUUAUCCAGAUACAUUUUGGACCAAUCCCCAGUAUCGCUUGAAGCUCCUGGAGGAAGAUGAUGAUCCUGAGGAUGAAGAGGUUAUCUGCAGCUUCCUUGUCGCACUGAUGCAGAAAAACAGGAGGAAAGAGCGCAAGCUGGGAGCCACCCUAUAUACCAUUGGCUUUGCCAUCUAUGAGGUACCCAAAGAGAUGCAUGGUACUAAGCACCACCUGCAGAAGGAUUUUUUCCUCUACAAUGCCUCCAAAGCAAGGAGUAAGACAUACAUAAAUAUGCGAGAAAUCUCUGAGCGCUUCCGGUUACCUCCCAGUGAGUACGUCAUCAUCCCAUCUACAUACGAACCCCACCAGGAGGGAGAAUUUAUCCUGAGGGUCUUCUCAGAGAAAAGAAGUCUUUCAGAGGAGGUUGAAAACAUGAUUGAGGCGGAGCGUCCAUUGAAGAAAAAGGGCAAGCCUAUCAUCUUUGUUUCUGACAGAGCGAACAGCAAUAAAGAGCUGACAGCAGAUGAAGAUGCUGGCAAAGAUGGUGAAAAAAACCAAACAGAUGAGAAAAAGCGUUCUUCAGCAAAAGGUCGUGAGGAGAGUGAAGAGCAAAUACAGUUCAGGAAUAUUUUCCGACAGAUUGCAGGGGAUGACAUGGAGAUCAAUGCUGAAGAACUUAGGAACGUUCUCAACAACGUCGUAAAAAAACAUAAGGACCUAAGGUCAGAAGGAUUUGAAUUGGAAUCCUGCCGCAGCAUGAUUGCUUUAAUGGAUACAGAUGGCUCAGGGAAGAUAAACUUUGAUGAAUUUCGACAUCUCUGGGACAAGAUUAAAAGCUGGCAGAAAAUUUUCAAGCGUUAUGACACAGAUCAUUCAGGAACCAUUAACAGCUAUGAGAUGCGCAAUGCAGUCAAUGAUGCAGGGUUUCGGCUGAACAACCAGCUCUACGACAUCAUCACCAUGCGCUACGCAGACAAGAACAUGAACAUUGACUUUGACAGCUUCAUCUGCUGCUUCGUGCGCCUGGACGCCAUGUUCAGGGCAUUCCACGCCUUUGAUAAAGAUGGAGACGGCAUCAUUAAGCUCAAUGUUCUGGAGUGGCUGCAGCUCACGAUGUAUGCGUAACACUGGAGCCAGUGGCCACCUUCUCAAGAACACGAUCAACACUUCUGAGUAAUGAGCACCAUUCAUCCCGAGGGCAAACAAGAACACUUCCUAAUUAUGUGAUUCACUUGCCAAGAUAAACAGCGCAUGGGAAUGAGCCCCUGGAAAAAGAGACAACCAUACUCUCGCAGGCACAACAGUGUGCAUAUUCUGUAACUACUUUUAUAGCAUCCUGACAUUUUUCUUUUGGGCAACAUGGAUUAAUUUAUUGAUGACUUAAUUAAGCUUUCUCUGCAUGGUAAGACAUGGAACAUACAUUGUUAUUCUGCUUGUGCUGACAACUAGAAAGGUUUUCCCUCAAGUCAGGUGAAACUGGAGCUGUAUCUAACAGUGGAAGUCAGAGGUGUUUACUGCCACCUUGUAAUUAGUAAUUCAUUGUGCCCUGCUUUUGGUAUUAUCCUUUCAGACUCUUUGUAACAUUUACUGAAUAUUUCACAUGAGAUUGUGCUAAUUACAUUAGCAUGCAUCCCAAUCACAUUGUUAUAGAUUAGGCUGUGCCAGCUGGAUCUCUGCUAUGCUAAAAAUGUGACGGUAAGACAUGACAGACUGCAAUACCAAAGUACAGCUCGAUCUAGUGCCUCAGCAAAACUAUCAGAACUGAGAAAUUUGCUCUCAUUUUUAUUACCCUCAUGAGAUAUUAAUUACACAUUUGGACAUUAUAAGUGUUUUUCAUUGUAACUACAUUUUUCAUAACUUUGAGAAACUUGUUUACCGUUCGAGGUAGAAAACUUCUUAUACAAACAAAUCUAUUUAUCUACACACACACACACAUUUCCCAGGACCCCCUCAGGGUCCUAUUUCCCAACAGUACUCUGUAUUUCUUUAUUGCAAGAGGUGAUUUGUUGCAGAAUCAGACACAAUGUCAGCAUGACCACUUCAAAAAUAUUAUUACAAUGUGCAAGUGAAAUUACUUUAAUUGAACUAAAAAUAAAAACAACUGGAUUUUGGCCUAA